AUGUUAAUUUGUUAUCGGCUCAGUGUUCUGUUUGCUGCACAAAAGAAACAUCGCGAAUUUUUUUACAAAUAUUGAGGAAAAAUAAGAAGCGUACGAAAUUAUUGAUUCCUUUCCAUAAGAAGAUCAAUUAAAAAUCGUUUGACAAAAUGAGUAUUGAAGAGUUGCGAAAAGAUUCUGAGGAAUUUACAAAACUUUUGUCAGAAGCUACCCGCCAGCGUGUUAAGGACGCACUUAUCCAUGCCAAAGCUGAGGUGGAUCGUGAGAUAGUAACAUUGGAAUUUAAGGCUAAACAAGCCGAAGAACGUAAAGAGCAAGGACCCAGAAGAUAUUUUUGUGAAUUAACAGAAUACGGUUGGGAUCAAAGUGACAAGUUCGUAAAAAUAUUCAUUACAUUGGGUGGCGUCCAAAAUUUAGAUGAAUCAUCUGUUGUCACUAAAUUUACUGAAAAGUCAUUGAACGUAAACGUGCUAAAUUUGCAUGGCAAAGAUUAUGGUCUUGUAAUUAACAAUCUACUAGAACCCAUAGAUGUUGUUAAAAGUUAUCGCAAGAUAAAAACUGGCAUGAUUGCCAUUUAUCUGAAAAAAGUCAACGAGAAUAGACAUUGGUCUUGUUUGACUUCGAUACAAAAACGUCUAAAGGAACAACAGGAUAGCGAAUUAAAGUCAUCGGACUCUGAUAAUCCUUCGGAUGCUCUUGUUAAUAUAAUGAAGAAAAUGUAUCAAACCGGAGACACCAAAACCAAGCAAAUGAUUGCCAAAGCCUGGACCGAAAGUCAGGAAAAGAUUCAUAAAGGUGAUGGCAGCGGUUUGGAUUUACCAACCAUAUAAAUUAAAUAAGACAAAUGGAUGUGUAAAAGAGCAGCCGUCUACUAGAAUAGUUGAAUUAUUUUAAAUGGAAUUUUUGAUGUUCGAAUCAUUAAUUAUUCCUAAUUCCUCUUGAAUUGUUUUAUGUACAAUUCCAUAGUUUUUAAAUUCCGUAUUUGUACAAAUACUUACACAUGUAUUCUAAUUGUAAUUUUGUACUAAUUCAAUCCUAGCUUAAUAGUCAUCCUAAAGUUUAAUCAUUUAUAUAAAUAACUCGUAAACAUUUCAUAAUUUAUAUAUAUACAGUGAAUUUAUAAACAAAGUUUUAAAUUAAAUUGUUUAAAUUAAAU